AUGGCGGGGAGCUUCGACGGGAGGACGCCAACCAGAGGCGUUGAGCAGGCGAGUCAAAAUCUCCUUCCCCCACUUACCCAUUUCCAGUCCAUUUCUUGGAGGAUUUCACGGUCGCUUUUAGCCAUCGUUGCUCUGAAGAAGGGCGCACAUCUCCUGAAAUGUGGCAAGAGGGGGAAGCCUAAAUUCUGCGCCUUCAGGCUGUCAUUUGAUGAGACAACAUUGAUAUGGUACUCAAAAGGGAGGGAAAAACACUUGAGCUUAAGCUCCGUGUCAGCUGUGGUUCUUGACCAGAAGACGAUAAAAUUUCUGCGACAGCGUUGUCCAGAGAAGGAAUCCCAUUCCUUUUCACUUAUAUACAAAAAUGGAGAGCACUCACUUGACUUGCGAACAUUCUCUGACAUAGAUACCUACCUGGAAAAGCUUACACGCAAGAUGUCAACUCCAGAAAUACAUGGUUUGAAUGAUAUUAUGGUUGGUAACAAAGAAAAGGAGCAGAAAAUUACCCAAACACCUAAACUGAAAACCUUUGAAGGACCCCGUGCAGCAUGUAGGUUGGAUUCUCUUAAGGAUGUUUUUUUCUGGGGUGAUGCUUUUGGAAGUAUUUUAGACUAUGAUGAUACCUCAAAAUCCCUUCCAAUGUUAGUGGACUCAACCAACAUGCUUGAUGUACAAAGCAUUGCUUGCGGAGAGACUCAUGCAGCUAUAAUCACUAAGCAAGGGGAGGUCUACUCCUGGGGCAAUGAGAGCAGUGGCAGAAUUGGAAAUCAAGUAAAUAUCAAAGUCUCCCGACCCAAGCUUGUUGAGUCUCUUGCCUCUUUACAUGUGAAGGCUGUGGCAUAUGGAUCAAAGCACGCUUGUGCAGUAACUGUUUCUGGUGAACUUCUUGAAUGGGGCGAAGGACCCCAUAUGGGUCAGUUGGACUGCUAUGCAAAGAAUCAAUGGUUUCCGCAUAAAAUGUUUAGUCCACUGGAUGGCAUAUCUGUUGUGAAGAUUGUUUGUGGGCCUUGGCAUACAGCAAUAAUAACAUCGUCUGGUCAGUUAUACACAUAUGGGGAUGGAACAUUUGAUGUUCUUGGUCAUGGAGACACACAAGGAACUACUCGACCAAAAGAAGUAGAGUAUUUGAAAGGCUCAAGAGUGAAAUGUGUGGCAUGUGGGCCAUGGCACACAGCUGCCAUUGUGGAAGUAAUCAGUGAUUUCAAGAGCAAUUCACCAAGAAGCAAGCUGUUCACAUGGGGCGAUGCGGAUCGGGGGAAGCUGGGUCAUGCUGACAAAAAGAUGAAGCUUAUACCAACAUGCGUUGAUUCACUGACAGACUAUGAUUUUAUUCAGGUGUCCUGCGGGAUGGCACUCACUGUUGUUCUUUCUAUUACUGGUGUGGUCUUCACUAUUGGCAGUUCCAUGCAUGGGCAAUUGGGGAACCCCCAUGCAGAUGGUAAAACUGUUUGUGCUGUUGAAGGACUACGUAAGACCGAGUUUGUCAGACAUAUAUCAUCAGGUUCUUCCCAUGUAGCAGUGCUGACUACAAAUGGGAAAGUGUUUACAUGGGGUAAAGGCAAGGAAGGGCAGCUUGGUUUAGGUGACUACCUUAAUAGGAGCACUCCAACUUUAGUAGAUGCAUUGGAAGGUAGGCAAGUGGAAAGCAUAUCUUGUGGUUACAAUUACACUGCAGCAGUAUGUUUGCAUAAGAUAAUCUCAAGGAAGGACCUCUCUGUAUGUAGUGGUUGCAAGAUGGCUUUUGGUUUCACUAGAAAGAAGCACAACUGUUACCAUUGUGGCUCCAUGUUCUGCAAUUCCUGUAGUAGUAACAAGGUUGCCAGGGCAGCACUUGCACCAGACAAGAGCAGAAGGGAUGCAAACUUACCUGUAGAAAAGGUGGCUUUAGUACAACGCCCCAAUCAGAGAAAUGAGGUCCCGGCCAUUCCAGUCCAAGCAAAAUCUCAGAGAUGGGGGCAAGUUGAGUGCCCAACUCAAUUUCUACCUGGAGAAGACAGUUUUCAGUAUCAAUCUAUAUCAAAGAAUCAUAUGUGUAGUGCCUCUGUUUCCGAGAGAAUGCAUGACCCCAUAGUGCUGAAGUCUGGCAGAUCUCUGCAACAGCCUAAUGAUGACCAGAGGAAAGAUCUGAACAGCACAGAAACCUUGCUCACAGAAGAAGUAAAGCAGCUUCGUUCACAGGUGACACUUCUCGUGGAGCAGUACCAUCAAAAAGCUCUUCAGGUUGAACUGUAUAAACAAAAACUUGAUGAGACAUGGCUAAUUGUUAGGGAUGAGGCUGCAAAAUGCAAAGCUGCCAAAGACAUCAUAACGGUUCUAACUGAUCAGUGUAAGGCCUUGUCAGAGAAACUUUUGGUUGGUCAGCAAUAUGAGAACCUUGAGACAAAAUCUAAUAUCAGCCAAGGACAAACAUUGUCAGCAGAUUUGCAGCAUUAUCCCAGUGAAAAGCUUGCCACAGGCAAAUUCGGACAACUCAACAACACCAAAAAUCAGCAGUCCAGCAGCAAAGGAGAUGAAGAAUAUACACCUUCUUCGAGUUCUGAUGUGCAGGUAGAAGGAUCGUGCAGUCAUUUGAAUGGUUCAAGAACAUUUGAUGGUAAUGGCUGUGUUACAGAAGGGAAUUCCCUUGUUGCUCGAGUCACCUCCAAUGGUGUGAUUGAGCAAAUCGAGCAUGGGGUUUAUGUCACAUUUGCUGUAUCACCUAGCGGCAAGAAAGACAAAAAACGUGUACGAUUCAGCCGGAAGCAUUUUGGCGAGAAGGAAGCUCAGCACUGGUGGGAAGAGAAUAAGGGCAGUGUCUAUGCCAAGUACAGUACUGAAAAAAUACAACAUCAGCUAGAGGGCACAAUCAAGAAUGUACAAGAGUAA